ACAUAAAGUUUGUAGGUGAGAAAACCUCUCUUCAAAAUCAACAAAGGCUGCUUCACCAAUCACUUUCUUCGCAAUUUGUUGGCUGGUGAAGGCAUUGAAAAUGGUGGAUUGAUGUUGCAGGGACGUGUAACAAUGUUGAGUUAACAUAGACUUUGGGGGAGAGAACCUCUCUUCAAAAUCAACAAAGGCUGCUUCCCCAUUCACUUUCUUGGCAAUUUGUUAGUCGGUCAAGGCAUUUGAAAAUGGCUUGCAUGUACAAGCAAUCAAUUAAGCAACAACCGACGACAAAGUCUUGAUCAUUUUGGUACAUAUCAAUGAGGUUACUGGGACCAACAACCAAGUCAGAGUUCUCCUAUAUCAUGUUGAACCAAAGCCUCAACUCUUACCGGAAUACUUAACCAUGGUUCUCAAAGCUUUACUCUUUCUUUCUUCGCACCUUGAAGUGCUGUUGAUUCUGUCAUUCGCGGCUUCUUCUUUUGCUGUACCCUCCUCAAAUGUCACUGAUGAACAAGCUCUUGUUGCUUUCAGUUCUGCAAUAACAUAUGAUCCAACCAACACAAUCAUGGGUCGUAACUGGACUAGUGGAGCCAACUUCUGUAACUGGGUUGGGGUCACUUGUAGCAAACGAAGGCAAAGAGUCACGGCUCUGAAUUUUUCUAAUAUGGGACUUGAAGGUACAAUAUCUCCUUAUGUUGGAAACCUAUCUUUCCUUGUUUCUCUUAUUCUUUCUAAGAACAGUUUUCAUGGUCACAUACCAUCUGAGCUGGGUCAUUUGCAUAGGCUCAAAAAACUUGUAUUACAAACAAACCGAUUGGAAGGAUCGAUUCCUCCAAGUUUACAAAACUGCUUUAAGCUUGAAGGUGUUGGUCUAUCAACAAACAUGUUUAGUGGUGGCAUACCAGAGGAGUUGGGUACUUUGAAAAACCUUCGUAUCCUCUAUCUAGCUGCAAACAAUCUUAAUGGCACCAUCCCAAUUUCCAUUGGAAAUAUGUCCUCGUUAGAGUCCUUUUCACUGAUGGAUAACAGAUUUACAGGUUCAUUUCCAUCGUUCAUGUUUAACAUCUCCUCUAUUGAAUCUCUUUUUCUCGAAAACAAUAGCUUCUCUGGCCAUCUUCCAAUUGAUAUUUGUUUCCACUGGCAUAGACUUGAGGAACUACACUUUUCUGGCAACCAAUUUAUAGGCCCAAUUCCAUCUACUUUAGGCCAUUGCACAGGAUUAACAACAUUGGAUCUGUCCUUCAACAAAUUGAAUGGAAGUGUGCCAACCGAACUCGGGACUCUACAGAAGCUCGAUUUGCUUUCUCUGAGAAGAAAUGACUUGAGUGGUACAAUUCCAACUUCUUUGGGAAACAUUUCGAGCCUAGCGAGGUUUUCAUUGGCUAGAAACAACAUUCAUGGAGGUAUUCCUGACGAGUUUAGGAAAUUGACAAGUUUGGAUAUUCUGGAUUUGCAGAACAAUCACCUCACUGGGCCGAUACCUCACUCAAUCUUCAAUAUUUCCUCUCUUAGAGUUAUUGCGAUUGCGAACAAUAGCAUCUCGGGAGUUCUUCCGGCUAACACAGGGCUUUGGCUUCCGAAUCUUGAAGAGAUGUAUUUUGGGUCCAAUCGAAUUGGUGGAAGCAUCCCUGCUUAUUUAUCAAACUCAUCGAAACUGUCUGUACUGGACAUAACCCUUAAUUUGUUCACUGGACUAAUACCUUCAAGUCUAGGAAGUUUACCUCUUCUUCGCAUGCUCUAUUUACAAAACAAUAGACUAACUAGAGACCCUAGAUUCGAGGAGCUGAGAUUUCUCACUGCACUGACAAAUUGCCGGUCCCUUAAGUUGCUGAACAUACAACAUAAUCGUCUUGGUGGUGCCCUACCAUAUUCCAUUGGCAAUUUUUCAGAUUCUCUAGAAAUGUUUGUUGCUGCCGGAAACCAGAUAAAUGGUCCAAUUCCAGAAUCGGUCGGUUCAUUAAGAAACUUGAAUACAUUGGUGUUAGGAGAUAACAACCUCAAUGGAACUAUUCCACCAACUAUUGGCGAUUUGCGAAAUUUACAAAGGUUGUUUCUCCGUAACAAUCAGAUUGGAGGUUCUAUCCCUAAAGAAAUUUGUAAUCUAAGAAAUCUGGGAGAAUUGUCCCUCCAAGAUAAUAGGCUCACUGGACCUAUUCCACAAUGCAUUGGUUCACUUGAUCAUCUUCAAAUGCUAAAUCUCAACAAUAACUCAUUGACCUCAUCAAUUCCUACAAGUUUGUUGACCCUUGGAAGUCUCAUUUUCAUGGAUUUAUCAAACAACUCUUUAGGUGGGAACCUAUCUUCGGAAAUGAAAAUGUCAAGAGUUAUGGAAGAAAUGGAUAUUUCUCGGAACCAAAUCACAGGUAAAAUCCCCACUAUUCUCGGGGCCUUCGAAAGCUUACGUUUGCUUGAUCUAUCAAAGAACUCAUUGCAUGAGACUAUUCCUGAGUCAUUUGGUGACCUACAGUCAUUGGAGUUCUUGGAUCUUUCUUACAAUAAUUUAUCUGGCCUUAUUCCCAAGUCGCUCGAGUUACUCAAUGAUCUCAAACAUUUGAAUCUAUCUUUCAACGACUUAUCAGGAGAGAUCCCAAGUGAAGGAGCUUUUGCUAACUUUACGGCAGAAUCUUUUCUGGAAAAUAAGGAGCUUUGUGGGGAAGUAUUACGAAAACCUUGCUAUCGUCAAAAUUCCAACACGAAACAAAUCAUGCUUAAGUACAUUGUUCCAAUUGUUGUAGCUUUGCUGAUCUUUAUUUGUCUUCUUUGCAUACUGAGAGCAUACAAACACAAGAACAAGAAGAGUACUCCAAGUUCUCUGGAUUCGGGACAAAUACCUGAGCAUAAAAUGAUUACAUAUCAUGAACUUCGUCACGCUACAAAUGACUUCUCUGAAGCCAAUAUGCUUGGAAUUGGGAGUUAUGGUUCGGUCUACAUGGGAACGAUUUCUGAUGGUACAGUUGUUGCUAUAAAGGUUCUGAAUCCAAAAGCAGAGGGUGCAUUCAAAAGUUUUGACGCGGAGUGCAAAGUGUUGCGGACAACCAGACAUAGGAAUCUUGUUAAGAUCAUAACUUCUUGCUCAAAUCCUGACUUUAGAGCUUUAAUUAUGGAGUAUAUGUCAAAUGGAAGCCUUGAGAAGUGGUUGUAUUCUGAAAACCACAACUUGAAUCUCUUUCAACGGAUCAACAUUAUGAUUGAUGUGGCAACAGCUUUAGAUUAUCUCCAUUAUGGUCAGUCUGAGCCAGUCGUACACUGUGAUCUAAAGCCCAGCAAUAUCUUGCUAGAUGAAGAUAUGGUCGCCCAUGUUGGUGACUUUGGCAUUGCGAAAAUCCUUGAAAAAGUUGAAGAUGCAGUGCAUACCAGGACGUUAGGCACUAUUGGCUAUGUUGCACCUGAGUAUGGCUCCGAGGGACGUGUUUCUAUUAAGGGCGACAUGUACAGCUAUGGGAUAAUGAUGUUGGAAAUAAUUACUGGGAAGAAACCCACAGAUGAAAUGUUUAGCGGAGAAGUGAGCUUGAGACAAUGGGUUAGCACAUCAUUUCCUAAUGCGUCACUGGAUGUCGUUGAUUGUGUUUUAAAGCCAAAUGAAAACAACACCAGAGAUAUUGAGAUGGUACAAGGUCUUCUUUUUUGCCUCUUGGAAAUGGGUCUCGAAUGUUCGAGAGAAAUACCAGAGGAAAGGAUGGAUGUGAAGAACGUAGUUGCCAAGCUGACUCAGAUGAAGCUGAAAAUUCAACACAGCCGAAGAUAUCGUUCUAUGUGAUCAGUUUAAAUGUUUGUUGUGUUUGACUUAAUCGACUAUUCUUGUGGGUUAUCCUGCCAUGCAUUUAGUUUUAUGUUAUUAUUAUGUGCUUGUGGUUGUGGUUGUGCCAAGUAUGUCUGUCCUACAACUUUGUUUUUGUUACCGUGUAUUAUGGCUUGUAUGUUAGCUGUUGGCUUUGUAAGAGAAUUUCAGUUGAAUAUCAGAUCUUCACUCUGUCACUACCACUUGUGGUGUCCCCUUCCCUAAUUACCCUGACUGUCAGAUUUAGUUAUAUUAUAUAUGAGUGUAUAUGUAUAUGUCUGUGAUUGUCAUGAUAAAUUAGCAUA